GAUAUUGAGCACAUCAUUACAUUGCGAUUGCCACAUUGACACAACGAUGGUGUAAGUUGAUACUUCUAAAAUACGGUAUACUGGACAAACCAUGCCCACGAACAAGCGUUUGCCUUUUUGCAUGCCAAGAACCCUAGGGGGGUCUAUACAAUUUCCAUGGCAUUUGGUCACACAGUUCUACAACGAACGACUCAGAAACACUCCGUCUGCUGCAGCUGCCACUAAGAAUCAUAUUAAUGGGAGCAUUCAUGCCACAAAGUAUGCCACACUUCAUUUGCUUAAGCUUGGCAUGGGCGCACUAGCACUGAUGUAAAAAGGCUGAAACAUUAUAAUCAUACCCCAAGAAACAUGGCUCAGGCCAAACACUUAAACGCUCAAAAGCACUGCAAAACUGCUGACUUUGCCAUAAAAUGUCAGCUUGCAAGCCUUGUCACUGCGUAUGGUUUUCUGUAAGUACCCAUUUACAACUGAAGGAUGGCACAUAUUAUUAUUGUUAUCACACGCUUUACCUGCCGAAGGCAAGGUGCGUCUGCAGACAAGCUGCAUGUAAAGGCUGCCACAAUCCUACCCCUUGUUGGACUCGCCAGAUCCAAGCAAGACCCAAUCAUCCGUGGGCACGGUGCUCAGUAUUUGUACCGCCCCCCGCCAGCCGGGGCCAAUGGCACCGAAGGAUGGCACAUAGCAGCACUUACAAUGCAAGAGAUCAUGAUGCACUAGGAUAACUCUAUCUACCAUUUCAGCAAAGAUCUGACAUGAAUAAAAAUUGACGAACUGAGCCAGAAAUGCUGUUACUUUCUGACCACUUGCGCCAUGCGAUCCAGCUUUUAUAAUGUAGCAAACUGAGGUGAAGGACUGAAAAGAGCCUUUCUUCUGGUUCUCAAACCUACUGCUAGGGCCUCCACAUUCUCUUAUCGGGAGACUGGCUCUCAG